AUGUCACUGCUCCAUCUCGGCUUCUGGGGCUGGUACGCCUAUAUCUUAACACUCUUGACCGCAACGCCUGUCUUCUGUGAGACUUCAAUCGUCGACAAUGGGAGAGUCGCUGCGGUGAAUGGCAUCAACUAUUACGUCGGCGGCACUGCCGUCUCCAGACUCAUGCCGAUCAGUGGCCCCAAUUCGACGCUGGCCACGGAUCUAAUCCCAAUGACUAUCAUUCGGACUCGGGAGACAAGGUUUACGGGUGAUACUUUGAAAAGGGUUAUUGGAAACUAUACAUUUUCCGAUGACGUUUUUCAAGCCGGCUUCCUGGAAGCGAUAUUGCUGGCCUAUGAUGGUGAGGGGGAAGGCAAAAUUGACCCCUCGGUUAACGGCGCUCUACAUGGCGUUGAUAACAAAAUUGUCAUGGCCCUGUCUGGCUACCAUCCACGAGGCUCUGUGAGUCUAGCGAAGCUGCGGGAUGACAUCCCCAAGGGACCCUACUUCGUUUCAACCAGGACCGGGGAUGUUUAUCAGGCUUUCCGGCUGUAUCCUGACCACCAGCUCGCAUUCACCGAGGCGGCUCUCGGUGAUGGAAAAGGUGGUUUCAUCCCUUUACCCGCAGCAGCAGGAGGGUCUAUGACCAAAAGCGUUGCUGUUCCAUCUCGACUGUAUUAUACACCCAGCUCGAAGAAGCCGCUGGCAGGGUUGCGUCUGGGUGUCAAGGAUAUCUUUGAUAUCAAGGGGCUACGAACCAGUGGCGGCAAUCGUGCCUUUUACGAUCUCUAUUCUCCGCGUAGCAUCACUGGACCAGCGAUCCAGCGCUUGAUUGAUGCUGGUGCAGUGGUCGUUGGGAAGAUGGGGACCGUUCAAUUUGCAAACGGCGAUAAUCCAACUGCAGAUUGGGUUGAUUUCCACUGUCCAUUCAAUCCUCGGGGUGACGGCUAUCAAGCACCCGGUGGCUCCUCAUCAGGUCCCGCGGCAGGGAUCGCUGCGUACGACUGGUUGGAUAUCGCCGUGGGAAGCGACACUGGCGGCUCUAUGCGUAGCCCGGGUGGAAUGCAAGGCAUCUACGCCAACCGGCCUUCAACUGGAGCAGUCUCGCUUGACCAUGUUCUUCCUCUGUGCCACGUGCUUGAUACAGCAGGCGUCUUUGCGCGCAAUGCAGAUACUUGGUCCACCGUGAUGCAUGCAUGGUACCACAAUUUCACAGACUAUCAGAAGUACCCAAAACGGAUCUUCUAUUCCAAGGCCUCUUUUCCGGCGGCUGACACAAAGGCCGGUGCGCUUCUUGAGGGACUUGUAAAGAAAUUGGAGAAAUUCCUGGGCACGAAGCGAGAAUCUGUUGAUAUCUUCUCGCAGUGGGAGAAAACGCAUCCCUCCCACGCCCCGAGCAACGUGUCAGAUUUAUUAAACACUACGUAUGCCUUUCUUACGUCUGUCGGCCAAUAUCGAUCUCUGGCAGUGCCAUUCUACAAGGACUAUGCAGCCAAGCAUGGUGGCCGCAGGCCCUUUAUUAACCCCGGACCCCUAGUUCGUUGGACCUGGGGACAGGACAACGGCGGGAAUACAGCCUACGACCUCGCCGUCAAGAACAAAACCGUUUUCAAAAAGUGGUGGGGGUCUGAAGGAUUCGGAAAGCCAAAUGACAAGACGUGUUCCGAGGGGAUCUAUAUUUACCCUUAUACGACAGGGGACACCCAGUACCGGAAUGUCUAUACCGAUGCACCCACCAUUCCUCCUAUGGGCUUCACAAAUGGGCGGGUCGCCAACAUGGCAGAGACUCCCGAUCUGGUAGUCCCCGUGGGGGAGGUGCCAUAUAAUUCCACUGUGUCGCAUCAUACCGAGUAUCUUCCUGUGACGAUGAGUUUUGUUGCAUCGCGUGGGUGCGAUCUCAUGUUGGUGAACCUGAUCAAGGAUCUGGAAAAGGCAGGGAUCUUGAAUCCUGUGGGCACAGGCCCCAGGAUGUAUUCUACAUGA